UUUUAUCUCUUGUAACCAAACAACUUGCGCAAGUUUCCUCUCCUUUCCUUCCCUCACAAAACAAACGACACCAAUCCAACCAAUUCAUCCUCCCGCUUUCCUGAGCAGUGGCUUCUUCUUCACCAAGCAAAUUCCAAAAGAAAAAUCCCCCCUUUUCCCCCACUUCCCAUGGGAAAAUCUUGAUUAGGAAGAUAAAAGAAGAAUUGAUAGUCAAUGGCAGCCAUUUCCACAUGCUUCUUCACAGUGAGACCCACCAAGACUCAAUCCAUUGCAUUCCCUCGAAAACCCUCUUGCUUUAUCCUAAAACCUUCAAGAAUACACUCUGGGUCUUUCAGCAAAAACCUGAUUUUAAGGCAUAAUAUAAGGAGGAGUUCAUCAGUUCAUUGUAGUGUUGAUGUUGAGGUUAAGGCUGGAGGGAUUGUGGAGAGCGAUAAGCUGCCGUCAGAUGUACGGAAGAGGGCAAUGGACGCAGUGGAUGCAUUGGGAAAGAGGGUUACAGUUGGGGAUGUUGCUAGUAAAGCUGGCCUUCAGUUGUCUCAAGCUCAGAAAGCUCUCCAAGCUCUCGCUACUGAUACUAAUGGCUUCUUGGAGGUGUCAGAUGAAGGUGAUGUCCUUUAUGUAUUUCCUAAGGAUUAUCGUUCAAAUCUCACCGCUAAAUCAUUUAGGAUGAAGGUUGAGCCUUUCCUGGAGAAAGCAAAGCUUGCAGGUGAAUACUUAGUGAGGGUUUCCUUUGGUACAGCAUUAAUUGCUUCAAUUGUCAUUGUCUAUACAACCAUAAUUGCUAUCCUCUCUAGUAGAAGUGAAGAAGACAAUCGGGGAAGACGAGGCAGAUCUUAUGACAGUGGUUUCACAUUUUACUUAAGUCCAACUGAUUUAUUCUGGUAUUGGGAUCCAUACUAUUAUAGGAGACAACGAGUUCGCAAAGAAAGUGGUGGGAUGAACUUCAUUGAAUCUGUUUUCUCCUUUGUAUUUGGUGAUGGUGAUCCAAAUCAAGAGAUUGAAGAGGAGAGGUGGAAGUUGGUAGGGCAAUAUAUAUCAUCAAAUGGUGGCGUUGUUGCUGCUGAAGAACUUGCUCCCUUUCUUGAUGUGGAGACUCCUAACAAAACGGAUGAUGAGUCCUACAUCCUUCCAGUGCUUUUGCGGUUUGAUGGUCAGCCAGAAGUAGAUGAGGAGGGAAAUAUCCUGUACCAAUUUCCAUCACUUCAGCGUACGGCUGCUCCACAAAGGAGUGGAAGGAAGGAGUACGUAGGAAAAAGAUGGACUGACUGGGUUGGACAGGUGGAAAGAUUUCUGCAAGAAAAGAAGUGGCAAUUUAGUAAAACAAGCUCAUCGGAAAAGGCAUUGGUCAUUGGAUUGGGUGGGCUCAAUCUGUUUGGAGUGAUUAUUCUUGGUACCAUGUUGAAGAACAUGACAGUCAGUCCAAGUAGCUUCAUCUCAUUUGUGUCAGAGAUAUUUCCAUUACUUCAGAUUUAUGCUGGCUCAUUUUUCACUAUUCCCCUGAUCCGAUGGUUUCUUGUUCGAAAGAGAAAUGCUGAUAUUGAAAGAAGAAAUCAAGCAAGGGAACAAUAUGCCCGAGCACUUGAACGGCCUGAUCUGGCACUACGGCGAAAGCUUCUCAGUGCCCGGGAUAUGGCACAGAGGACUUUUAUUGGCCAAGAUCGAAUUGUUUACAGUACAGACAAGGACUUAUACGAGCAAGAUUAUGAUGCACAACAAUGGGAGCAGAGAUUCCGAGAAAUUGAGAAGUCCGAAUAGAUGUUGUUACUUAAAGAUUCUUUUGUCCUGUAAAUUCUCGAGAUCCAUACACAAAAAGACUCGGAUAAAUUAUGCCUUUGAUCGACUCCAGCAGCAACAUGCUGCAAAUCCGCCAACUGUUAGCCAUUGUGUAUACUCAAUUUGCUGAGGAGAAUUGGAGCAUUCCAAACAGUAGAUUUUGAUGCAAUCAGCAACAUAAAUCCAGAUCUGAGAACCACAAGAUUCAACAGAGUAGUUUAUUAAGAAUGUACAAGUUGUGUACUCAGUAUAACAUAUUUUCUGCUACAAAGGGGUGGUUUUCACGAUAAAAUUGGCCUCGGUAUGACAUUUAGUUCAUUAAGAUGUUAGCUGUGGUUAUUCUGUAUGUUGAAUUUGAAAACAUUGUUCUAAACACAAAUAAUUGAAUAUUUUCUGAAAGCACUGAACACCGUUCAAACUA